AUGGGAAACACUAAAACGCUGAAUGAUAGUGCCAAUAAGAACAGUGCUGAUCAGAAAUGGUAUUCAAAAUUAAGGCUUCUCAUUUGGAAGAAUUUUUUGCUCCGCAAGCGCCACUGGAUCCUGACGAUCUUUGAAGUGCUCCUGCCGACGCUGCUGUUCGCUCUGCUCGUGUCCAUCCGAGUGCUGCCAGACUCUAUUUUCACGCCUACAUUUAUCAAUGAGACCUCAAGGUUUCCGGCUGUGAAAGAAAAUGACCUCAGAGCUUCGUUCUGCCUCAAUUCUGGAGGCGAGUUCUUGCUCAACAACACGUGCAGCUACGCGCGCUUUGGGCUCUUUGUCAACAGGAAGAUUUUGUGGGGUCCUAACAGCAGCUUCACCAGCGCCCUCAUCCAGCGCAUCCAGGCGGACCUCAACUUCUACGAUGAAGAUUUGCUCGUCGUCGAGAGCAACGACGACCUGAAUAAUAGGAUUGGUAGUCUUUACCUGCAAUCGAACGGCUCCGGCACUGCGUUCUUCAUUGGGAUUUUCUUCAAUGGAGUUGAUAAAAACACCGUAAAUCCUCCCGAGAACCUCAAUUAUGACCUCAGAUUCCAGAAGUAUUGGUUCACGGACCUGGAGUAUCCAUAUCUGCAGAUUCCCGGACCCAGAAACUAUACAAGUAAUUACGAAUACUUGGGCAGCUACGCAACUGGCGGGUUUUCUCUCGUUCAAACGAUCGUCGACCGUCAUUACACAUCCAUGCUCGCCGGCGACAAUUCCAUCGCUUCAUUGUUCAUGUUGGAGACUCAGAUGUACCCGUACCCACCGUACGUGCAAGACAACGCCAUGAGUCAGUUCUACGGGUCAUCCUUGCCUACAUUCGUCGUCCUGUCCCUUAUCCUGCUGUCGCCCACUCUCAUCAAGAGCAUCGUCCACGAGAAGGAGACUGGCGUCAGGGAGCUUGUGCGCCUCAUGGGCCUGGAGGGCUGGUUGGUUUGGCUCGGAUGGUUCCUCCACGGCUUCAUUACCAUCGUCCUCAUCACCAUCAUCAUGACCUUCUUCCUGAAAGUUGAAAUCACACCGUCCAGCGAGAUCGACAAAGGAGUCUUCCCGCCCAUCUUGAUCUACUCGAAUUGGUUCUUCGUAUGGUUCCUGCUCUUCCUCUACGGCAUCUCCUCCAUUGCUUUCUGUUUUGCUAUCUCCUGUUUCUUCAACAGGCCGACUCUGGCAACGACGAUCGGCAUCCUGGCGUGGCUGCUGAGCUACAGCCUGCCCAGGACGUUCAUGUACGCGCAGUACGACAGCAUGGGCCUCGCUCCUAAAAUUGUUUCCUGCCUCCUGCCCAACAUGGCGCUAACUUGGGCCUUCCGCGUCAUCGCCAUGUUCGAGGGAAGAGCGGUGGGAGUUCAGUGGAACAACUUGUGGGACACGGGCAACCCUCGUGAUGAGCUGACGCCAGGCAUGAUCCUCAUCAUGCUCGCCGUCGACAUCCUCAUCUACUUCAUAAUUACCUGGUACUUCGACCAGGUCCUGCCUGGUACUUACGGCGUGCCUCAACCAUGGACAUUCCCAUUCAGGGCCUCGUACUGGUGUCCCAGCAGAGCGAGUGGCAGGCGCUGGGACGAAGACUAUGAGCUCGGCGCGGGCAAAUCCAGCAGCUCGAACUUUGAGAAGGAACCUGUGGGCAUGAAGGCUGGUAUCGUCAUCAAGAACUUGAGAAAGGAGUUCCCGGCUCUGGGAGGAGGCAUUAAAGUGGCCGUAAAGGACGUAAACCUGAGCUGCUAUGAAGGACAAUGCACUGUCCUCCUCGGCCACAACGGCGCUGGCAAGACCACCACCAUGUCCGUCAUCACGGGCGUUUACACUGCAAGCGGAGGCACGGCUGAGAUCCAAGGCUACGACAUCACCAGCAACCUGAAGCAGGCGCGGGCGCAGGUUGGCCUGUGUCCCCAGCACAACACCCUCUUCGCCGACCUCUCCGUCAAGCAACACCUCCUCUUCUUCGCUCAACUAAAGGGAUGCUCUAAAUCUGAAGCCUCCCGAGAAGCCAAGGAGCUCAUGCAGCGCAUGCAGCUUACGGAGAAGAUGGACCAGUACGGCAACCAGCUGUCGGGUGGCAUGAAGAGGAAGUUGUGUCUCUGCAUCGCCUUGGUUGGAGGCAGUAAGAUCGUGAUUCUAGAUGAACCGAGCUCUGGUCUGGAUCCAGAGUCCCGUCGCUGGGUCUGGAACGUCAUCCAGACAGAACGUAAGUCCAGGACGGUGCUGGUGACCACGCACCACAUGGAGGAGGCUGACGUGCUGGGGGACAGGAUAGCUAUCAUGGCAGAGGGAGAAGUCGUCUGCUCUGGCUCAACUCUUUUCCUUAAGCGACGAUUUGGUGACGGCUACAGUCUACGCGUGUUGCCAAGAAAGAGUUGCGAUAUCCACAUGGUUACGACGACCAUCAAGACGAUCAUGCCAGAGGCCACGCUAACCACAACCACAGAAGAAGAGCUGCUCUACAGUUUGUCUGGCAACUCGGACAGCUUCGCAAGGCUGCUCGAGACUUUAAGCGCCAGAAAGGACUACCUCAAAAUCAAUCAUGUGGGACUUUCGAUAACCAGCAUGGAACAAGUCUUCCUUAAAGUUGGCGAAGUCCUUCACUCCUCGGCACCAUCAGGAUCGCAGCACAGCAUCGCCAGCACCGACAAGGGCGUCAACAACAGAUCCUUCACUAUGCCUUCAAACACACCACUAACAACUCCUGCAACCUUCACUAACGGACACGCCGCUAAACCCGACAGAUAUGCUGUCAACAGCCAGACUCUAAUGAGCGUGAGGGCCUCUGGCAACGCGUUGCUGUGGGAGCGACUGAAGGCGCUGUGGAAGAAACACGUGAUCUACACGCGAAGGAAAUGGGUUCUGCUCUUGACUCAGGGUUUGGUGCCAGUGCUGGUGACGCUGAUGUGUCUCUUGGUUGACGCAGCUUAUUUCGGAGACAACGCCGCAGAGCCGCCCAGGGAGCUCACCCUUGACAUGUUCGAAUGGUCGCAAUCGUACGUCCAGAGCGAUGACAGUUACCUCACCAGCUGCUAUGUCGAUCAGUUCUAUGGUCCGUAUCGAGUUAACGUUACGGAUGACGUCAUCGAAGAACUCUUGGCUGAAGGCAAUCGAGACGUUUUCCACUACAGAGAAAAUGACGUGACAUCGGCGAUGUUCUACAAUGGUGGAAGCGACAAGAAAGUUCACACUCGAAUGCUCUACCAGUCCAUUCCUUACCACGCUCCUGGAGUUGGCAUCAAUCUCAUAAGCAAUGCCAUCCUGCAGGGCGCCACCAACUCCAGCGACCACACCAUCACCACAUCCAACUACCCACUACCUCUUGAUGAACGGUACCGCUUGGAAGACGGGUCUCAGUCGGGGGGAAGUGCGUUCAUAUACUCUCUCAUGAUGCCUACAGCAAUGGCCUUCCUGUCAGCGUCCUUCCUCAUCUUCCCUCUGCAGGAACGCGAGUCUAAAGCCAAACAGAUCCAAUUGAUGACAGGCACAUCAUCCACGGCGCUGUGGUUCACCACCUUCACCUGGGACAUGUUGUCGUACACGGCCUCCAUCCUCAUCAUGUUCGCUCUGUUCAUGAUCAUUGACGCACAAGGGAACUUCACCCUCCAAGGAGCACCAGUUGCGCUGAUCUUACUAAUGCUGCUGUACGGCUGGAGUGCCCUGCCGAUGGCUUAUCUCUUCAGCUUCCCCUUCUCAUCAGCUGCCUCAGGCUUCGCCAUUCUUGCUCUCUUCAACAUCGUCGCCGGCAUGGUCGUGAGCAUCGCUACGUACGCCUUGGACUAUUCAGAGCAGCCCGGCCUGAUGACGCUCAGCGACGUGCUGAGCAGCGUAUUCUCUCUGAUACCCUCGUACCCAGUCUCUCAGGGGUUCCUGAACCUGGUGCAGAUGAGCUCGUACAACACUCAGUGCGACAUUGUAGACCCCAGCCUCGUGGAUGAGCUCUGCAAGAAACUCAUCUUCGUCGACCCGACGUCGCUCUUCCUGCCGUGUUGUCCCAUGUGUGACCAGCUGCCGGGCGACCGCGUCUGCUUCCAGCCGUUGUCGUACCUUCAGUGGGAAGCGCCUGGCAUGGGCAAGGCACUCACAUGGCUCGCUGCCGACGGCAUCAUCUUCAUAAUCAUUAUCGCUCUCAUUGAGAUCGGAAUCGGAGAUAAGAUCAGUACCUAUUGGGCAAAGCUCUGGCGCGCAAUCCGCAAGCCGAAGCAGGGCUGGAUGUACGUGGUGCCUGAGGAUGAAGACGUCAUGGAAGAGGCUCGACUUGCUGAAGCCCUAAUGAGAGAUGAAAAUCCAGACGCGUCGUUGGUCGUGCGCGGUCUGACGAAAGUAUUUCCCGCCGUUGGUCUCACGGCCGUCAACAACAUCAGCUUCAAAGUGAACGUGGGCGAAUGUUUUGGACUUUUGGGCGUCAACGGGGCUGGAAAAACUACAACCUUCAGGAUGCUAACAGGAGAUGAAACUCCAACGGCUGGCGACGCAAGAAUUGGCAAAUAUUUUCUCUCCGCUGGGAGAAGAAAGUUCGUACGCGAGAUAGGCUACUGCCCUCAGUUCGACGCCAUCUUGGAUGAGCUGACUGGAGAUGAAAUGCUAGAUCUGAUGGCUGGCUUACGGGGCGUUCCACAGGCCGCACGUAAACUGAUGAUAGAAGAAUUUGUUGAAUUAGUGGACCUCACUGAGUGUCACAAACGUCAAACUUCCACGUAUUCUGGUGGCAACAAACGAAAGCUCAGCACAGCCAUGGCGCUGGUCGGAGGUCCUUCCUUAGUCUUCCUAGACGAGCCUACAACAGGUGUGGACCCCGCAUCCCGUCGUCGGGUGUGGUCGGCUAUCCGCACGGCGCGGUCGCGCGGCCAGUCCAUCAUCCUAACCUCGCACUCGAUGGACGAAUGCGAGGCGCUCUGCUCCAGACUCGUGAUCCUGGUGCGCGGACAACUGCGCUGCGCCGGCACCCCAGCGCACCUCAAGGCCAAGUUCAGUCAGGGCUACAGCCUGCAGGUGAAGCUCAGCCCCGGCGACGAGCGUCUCACUGAGGAGGCGUUCAGCGCCGCGCUACGCCGCCUCAUGGCCGUCAUCGACCGAGAGUUCCCGGGCUCAGUCUUAACGGAUCAGCACCGCGGUAUGUUGUCGUACAUGGUAACGCCAGACGUAACUUGGGCUCAUCUCCUCAGCGUCAUGGAGCGACUAAAGAACGGAGACGGCGCAGAGAACAUGUCACUGGUGGAAGACUACGCUGCCACUGAUCCAUCACUGGAACAAGUGUUCCUUGCCUUUGCCAGAGAAGCUGAUGAGGCGACCGCCAACAGCACUACGUCAAAAGGAGCGCCUGACAAAAUAACACAUUUUUGAUCAGGUCAUGAGGUCGCAAUGUUACGUGAAUUUAGAUAAUUUGUGCAGCUAAUUAAUUUCAGGUAUUCUUUUGAGUUCACAAAAAGUUUCCUCGAUGAGUCUUACGAACACAGAGAGAAGAAAACUCAUUUGGAAUUAAAUUGUUGCAGGAUUCUUGACUUGCUCUUAAGCAAAUGUCUUUUCUGUAACAAAUAACCCACGAAUUACCGUUUUUUUUUUUAAGUUAGAAAGUUGAACCAUACUCAACGAAUAGUUAGCAGCAUGACCGAUUUGAGUGAGGUUCAAAUAUUACCUGCCGUUUGCACGGAAACUUCUGAUUCAACUGGACUGGAACAAUAAACCGAAAUGCACCAACAACUUCAAGAAAAGUCAAAUCUCGCCAUCGGUGCGAGGUAAAUUUAGUUCAUAUUCAAAUUUUAGGUCAAUUUGCUCAACUUAAACCUAUGCGAAUUUGGUCGCAGCUGUCACGCAAUCACAAGUAGGUUUUUUAAGUAGAAAUGGUUACCGAGCCGACGAUUCUUUUCAGAAAUUUUUGAAUUAAUUUCGACUUUUGGAAGGUCUGUCACAAGGAUCUUAUUUUUAUUUAUUUAUAUAUUUAUUUCGGUUUGCCGAACAAUUUUAAAUUUUAGUAUAACAUCGUAUGGUUGUAUAUAGUAUAGCAUCCUGGUACUGAGUUCUCAUAGUUCCUAUUAGAUAGCACAUAUAGAGACAGGCUGAUAGGUAAGGCCAUAUAGUGCAGAACUGAGGUCACAAGUACGGUAAUACCUCUGAGUAAUGAUCUCAAUAAUAUCAUGGGGAUAAUAAAUGAGUAGGCUUCGAUUUUAUAAUCGCAACAAUGUACCUGGAGCCAAGCUUGUAAUUAUUAAACAACUCUCAUACAACG